GUGCUCCCGCCACGCCGCGCACUCGUCGCAACAUCGCCGCGCGCAAUCGACGUCCACUGCCACUGCUGCAUCGGCCCAGCGCGCGCGUUUCCAGUUUCCAGGCGGCCGCCGGUUGUAUUUCCCUCGUCGUUUUUCCAUCGCGGUUUAGUCCCGAGCGACGAGCAGUCGCGCGCCGUUCGCAGUCCGCGUUCCACCGUUCCCACCUCCCGGCGUGUGCGUUUCGUUACGAUACGAUACGAUUUGAAUUUUCCAUUUCGAACGACAUUCGGGUGUUUGGCCGACGCUGAAACGCAAACGUGAAGACGAAUUAUUAAAUUAUAUAUUUCAUAGAACACUUUUCACUACCACACUUCUUCGACCUUCGUCGUCGCGUUCGAUUCGUAACCGCAAUGUACGUUGUACCACUGCCCGAGCUCACUGUCCGCACACACAGUUAAACCCUUAGGUCGUACCUAUACGUUCGUUUGUUUUAACAUUAUUUUUUUUUUUUUUGCCAAUCGUCGAAUAGCCCUUAGCGCUUGUCUGAACCGUCCGAUAGCAACGAUAGCAACGAUGGCUGCGUGCAGCCCGAAAAGAACGUUAGCGUUUAUUGUGUUGUUGGUGUUGUGCGAAGGAUUAGUCGCGUCGGCAUCGUACGGUGGUUCGUUUGUAAGUUUAGUGGAAGUUGUCAAUCACACAAAGUUCACCCAAGAUGAAACCAACGAUUUGUACGUCAAUUUGACAGUUGGCAUGUUUGGACAAGGACUCAACGAAAACAUUAAAAUCAGGCCCACCUCUAGAGUUGCAUUACGUGGUUCUGAAUGUUACAAAAACCAUCCGAUGAAAAACAUUGAUUCUGAAAAUCAUAUUUUUAAGCAGUUGUGGACAAACGGUACAUACUUGUUGAUGAGUAUCACGUUUAAGUUUGAUCGAGACUUGACCACACGGAAUGUAUACUUGUGCACAUAUGAACCGCGAAAACCACCUAAUGGACUUGCCUCGUCGCUAUGGAGCGUAUUCAGUGGUUCUGGCGACGACAGUGAUGGUCGAUGGGUGAAUCAGGGUGAUUCGGUAGCGAUCAGAUCCGAUGAAAUGGCACAGUCUACGGAAAAUUCAUUAGAUUCGUCACCAAGCAGACAGAGAAGACAACAAGGGUCAACAUUAAAAAAUGUUACCCCAUUAGGUACAGCUUACAUAUCUCCAGUAAACUUUUAUGGUUUACGGGUGGAAUACUCAGAUGCAGCGAUAGACUACGAUGAUCGAGGAGUACCACAGUUACUGGUUCAACGAAAUGCGUCAUUUCGGUUGUUUGGUAGUGACUGGACUGAAAAAACAAUAUUUGUUCUUACGGAAAAAGUUGGCGAUAAAGGUGGUCCGUGUGAAUUUCCCGUUGGAGAAGUUCAAGAAAUAACUCUUUUACCAAACGAGCCAAAUACAGCCAAAAUAAAUAUAAUUUUGCCGCAAGCCAGUAAAGCAGGUACGAUAUUUUACUUCUGUUCAAAAGAGAGCGAUAAGACCGGCGCAAUUUGGACGCACAUGGGUAGCGAAUAUUACAAAAAAAUGGGAGUGUACGAAAAAAUGUUACCUUUCUGGCUGCAGGUCGCUAUAAUUCUCACGUGUCUCUCAUUCUCAUCUCUUUUCUCUGGUCUAAAUUUGGGCCUGAUGUCGUUGAAUCGAAUGGACUUGAAGAUCAUUUGCAAUACGGGUACAGAGGCAGAGCGAAAAUACGCCAAAGCUAUCUUGCCUGUGCGUAUUCACGGUAACUACUUGUUAUGUAGUAUUCUGUUGGGUAACGUCAUGGUCAACUCAAUAUUUACCAUUCUGUUGGAUGACUUGACGUCCGGUUUGGUGGCCGUCAUUACUUCUACAUUGGCCAUUGUAAUAUUCGGUGAAAUUACUCCGCAAGCUGUUUGUUCACGUCACGGAUUAGCUAUUGGUGCCAAAACCAUUUAUGUCACGAAAACCGUAAUGGUGCUUACUACUCCGCUAUCUUGGCCCAUCAGUAAGGCUUUAGAUUGGGCGCUCGGUGAGGAAAUCGGUAGCACUUAUAACAGGGAACGUCUCAAAGAAUUAGUCAAGAUGACCGGUGAUGAAUACAACGAUUUGGAAAAAGACGAAGUUAAUAUUAUUUCUGGAGCUCUCGAACUUCAUCGUAAAAAAGUCGGUGAUGUAAUGACCAAAUUGGAGGACGUAUACAUGCUGUCAUAUGAUACAAUACUGGACUUUGAAACUGUCUCAGAAAUCAUGAAAUCUGGAUACUCGAGGAUACCCGUGUACGAGGGCAACCGUCAGAAUAUUGUCACCAUGUUGUAUAUCAAGGACUUGGCGCUGGUCGAUCCCGACGACAACACAUUGCUUAAAACGCUGUGCCAAUUCUACCAGAAUCCAUGUUAUUUCGUAUUUGAAGACACCACACUCGACGUACUAUUUAAGCAGUUCAAAGAAGGUAUUAAAGGUCAUAUGGCGUUUGUUCAUCGUGUGAAUAAUGAAGGCGAAGGCGAUCCGUUCUAUGAAACCGUUGGCAUAAUAACACUGGAAGAUGUAAUUGAAGAAUUGAUUCAGGCUGAGAUCAUGGAUGAAACUGAUGUUUACACCGAUAACCGUUCGAAACAACGUCGACAACAGCGUUCACUUAGAGCUCAAGACUUUACAGCAUUUGCCGAGCGUAGUGAAAACCAACGUAUCCAUAUUUCUCCACAACUUACUUUGGCCACAUUCCAAUUUUUGUCAUCAAGUGUCGAAGCUUUCAAAACAGAUGUUGUAUCCGAAACUAUUUUAAUGCGCUUACUCAAACAGGACGUGAUAUUCCAUAUAAAAAUGAAAGAUAAAGAAAGAUUUAAGUCUGAUCCAGCCAGUAUCAUUUACCAGCAGGGCAAACCAGUUGAUUACUUUGUGCUCAUAUUGGAAGGACGUGUCGAAGUCACUGUUGGCCGUGAAAAUCUCGUGUUCGAGAGCGGUCCAUUCACGUACUUUGGAUCUCAAGCUUUACACCAAAACAUCGGAAUCGGUGAGUCACCACCAUCUGGAGCCAAUCCGACAAUGGCCAAUUCUACUGUGAACAACAUGGGCAGUAUACAGUCGGUCAACAUCGAUGCUAUGUUGCGUUAUACUUUUGUGCCAGAUUACUCAGUGCGUGCCGUUACUGAAGUUAUGUAUUUGCGCGUGAAACGUUCGUUCUACAUGGCAGCGAAACGCGCCACGCUCAUGGAACGUUCUAAGAAAAUGUCAAACGCCGGUGAAUUCGAUGAAGAAGUAGACAAGCUGUUCCAUACUUAUGGAGACGAAGAUCGGAAGAGUAUUCAAGGUUCUCCUGACGUCACUAGGAAUGCAUCUCAGACAACAGUACAGCCAUCAACAAUUUCGGCCAACGCAGCAUCUCUUAACAACGGAGAACCUAUUCAACCCGUAGCUGUAGCAUUCUCACGAACACCUCAGGGUAACUCCGACGCAUCGGCUGAAGAAAAAAUCACACUUUUGGGCACAAACACGUUGUCCGCUGCUACAAAAUCGGACGCUACUGAUCCAUCAUCUUAGGUCUAUAGAUAAUGAUAUUAAUUUUUAGUCUGUUCUUUUAUAAUUGUCAUUUUUUUUUUCUUUUUUUGCUUUACACAGUUUCAAAUAGAUUGAAACGACAGCGUUUAAUUAGGGACAUACAUUACGCAUAAGCACGUAGCAGAUAUUAUUUAAGUUUAUACAUUUUUUUUUCUAUUGUUAUGUGUUAAGUAUAAUUUUUGACUUAAGUAGUUCUAGUCCAGCAUUAUUGUGUUCAGUAAGUGUCCAAAUAAUCCCAGCAGAAUCUAUCUGAACAAUACGUGUGUCAAUCAAUAUGUGUACAUUUUAAUUUAUCUACGCUCUCUUUACGCUCGUAUUGGAUAAACAUAAUGUUAAACUGUCAUAAUGGCUGCACACUGAGGACUCAACUCCCAUUUUAUCGUUCUAGUGACUAACUACUUCAACCAGCUUUUAUUUUAUUGUACUUUUUUUUACGAUUUAUAAUAUAAUUGCUUUAUUUAUUUCAUAUUAUUAUUUAUAAAUAUAUACAUAUUACACACACAUAUACACACACACACACACAUAUAUACAUAUAUAUAUAUAUAUAUAGAGAUUAAACAUAAUAUAUAAUUAAGCUUUGUGUCCCGGUGACGCGGAAAUCCGUUUUGUAUAUAUGCAAAAGCGAAUCUCCAAGGCUUUUCGUGUCUCUUAAAAUUUCAACCGAUUAACAAGCCCUCAGAGUGAUCUCAGAGGUAUGCGAGUCCUCGUAUUUUUUGAUAUUAAGUUGUAUUAAGAAAUCGACGAAUCUAUACAAUAUCGGUAUUGUUCUUUGUUUUCUCUCUUUUUUUCGAUGAAAUUAAUAAUAUUUUCCUCCAAUAAUCGAAUAAACAAAACAAUCAAGUUUAUAUUAAAAUAUAAAAUGAAAUCUUAUAAAUAAUUAACAAUUCCUCACACAUAACGACAUCACUAUUAAAUCGUUUACCUUUAAAAUACAUUCUUCGACUAUGUUGUUAAUUUUUUAUUCAUUUGAAUAUUACAUAUUGCUAUGUAUAGAUAUUCUACAAGUUUUUUAAUUGACUUUAAAAUUAACUCAGUAACAUGGCGUUUUAUAAUUCUUAGGAAUGCGCUCAAAUUAAAGUCUAAGUAAUUAUAGGUUAUAUUAAUAAUCGGAACAACGUUUGGUGAUUCGUUACAUAAUAUUUAGCUUCAGAGUUAACUAGUCCUUUUUUAAGCUUACGAUUCAUGUUAUAUUAUGAUAUGGUAUAUUAUAGUGAUGUUCGUUAAAAAAAUGUUUUUUUUUUAAAAAAAAAAGAUGAAUAGUUGGAACAAAAUAAUUAGUUAAUAUGGAAGGGGAGAAAUAUAAUGUUGAGAGUUUAUAUACAUAUAUUUAUAUUUAAUAAUAAUUAUUGAUAAUAUUAUGAUUAUUAAUGUUUGUAUACUAAAUUUUUCGUAAUAUUUAUCUGUUGCGUGUAAGUAAUUAUAUAAGAUUAGAUACCCUAUAUGAUAUAAUUAAGCUGAAUAAUAAUUUUAGAGCUAUUCGACAGUAAUCGACUGAUGGUCAUCGAAAUUCGUCUAACUGAAAUACCUACUCAACAAGAGUCCGAACAUAAUAUCAAUUAUUUAAUUAUCAUAGUACGGUUCUGCGCAAUGCGCGCGACUAACACAAUGACAACAUUAUAAUAUCAUUACAAUAUAUUAUAUGAUACAGUCUACGGGCAUUGCUACGAACGUACAUUGAGGUGCAAGCCGUAUAUAAUUUAAACGUGGUGCUCGAUUAUUAUCAAACAUAUUAUAUAUGAUAUUAUUAUCAUCAUUUUUUUUCGUCCGCCUAAAACGUCGACCGAACCAUAUUUCAAACAUAGCCUAUACCAAAAAAAAACGAUCUAUUUAUCCACCUGCGUCUAAAAGUGGUAUGUUUAAGCAGCGUAGAUAUUAUAAUCAUAAGACCAUACCGAAGUGUCAACAAAAUAUCUAUAACGAUAUGUAAAUCGAAAGAUUUGAAUAAUUUUCCAACUAAUUGUUUGUGAACGAGAAUAUGAUACGACCCCGUGACGAUUAUUGGUCGAUUUCCUCUUCACGAUAUACAUACUAUUCACAAUAAGUACGUUGUAUUUGCGCUCGUUCGGUGAAAAAAACUUUUCUGUUGUACACACAAAAAAAAAAAUUGCCUACCAUUAUAAUUUCACUGUUUCUACUUUAGUCGUACACGUUUUUCUUGUUUUUUUUUUUUGUGCAUUGUAUAUAUUAUGUUAUAUACAUCAUAUAUGUACAAUUGCGUUAUAAAUUAUAAUAUUAUUUUACUGACACCAAUAAUUAUCAUUUCGCGUAGUCAUCAUUUAUGAUCAAAAUUAUAAUAUUAUUAUUAUUAUUAUUAUUAUUAUUAUUUAUAAUUAAAUAUUAUUAUUUGUAUUUAAGUAUUCGUUGUUAAAUUGUUUAAUUUACCGAAAAGUAUAUUCAUAGACACAAAACAUUUUCGUGUAAACCGCCAUUAUUAUUUUAAUAUUAAACAUUUAAGUAGGUACCUGUCUUUACAAUAUAUAACAAUAUGAUUAUAUUUUAAUUUAAUUUCGAAGAUAUUAUUGUUGAGCAUAUAACUAUACAUAUAUGUGCAUAGCUUAUAGUUUUUUAAUUAUCUAAUUUCCUGUAAUAAGAAAAUAUUGUUUUUAUUUAGUUUAUUUAUACUAUUUUUAUCAUUAUUAUUUUUUAGAAUAGUUUUUCGCUAUACUGUAUCUACUAAUAAUGUGUACAAUGUUUGUGCGAUUGAAUUAUGGGAGAAAUAUGGAUAUUUCUAUUAUUGCGUUCAGUCUGUUAAAAAGCGCUGUAUUGCUGUUGGGUUUAGAUUAUAGGCAUUAAUAAAAUAAAUAUAAACUAAUUUUAAGGUUAAAAAAUUAACUAAAUUAUAUAAUAAUAAUAAUAAUAAUCGUUUUUCAGCCAAGUGCUAGUUGUAAUAUUAUUAGUGAUGAUCGAGUAAAAGUGUUUAGUUGACAUUGCCGAAUCACAAUAGUUGUAUAGACUAAUCUAGUAAUAAUUAAAAUAUUCAACACUUAAGCUUCUAUUUAAUGUAUAGGGUCAUAAUAAAAAAAAACAUGCCAUUAUAGUUUAUGUUAAUAGGCAAAAAUAUAUUAUUUUUAAUUGAUUUAGUUUAAAAAAAUUCAAAAUUAUAUUAACACUGGCUGUGCUGCUCUCGAUGUUCAGAUAUACGUUCAAUUCUAAAUUACCUAUUAAAUCAACUGUUUGAUGAAAUUAAAUUGUGUUCAAUGGUUUCAGUUAUAGGUAUUGUUUAAAUAAUCUGCACAGCCAGUUUCGAUUUCGGGGCCUAUAUAUAUUAUAUACAAGUAGCUUUAAUAUAUUAACAUAAAACAUGUAUACACUAGCAUGGAGAUAAAUCAAAUUAGAGCAAUCUUUAUAUAGUACUUAAAAAUAUUAUAGCAUCCAUACAGUUAUACAUUAUUUUUAAUAUGUUAAAGAUGAUACAAAUAACUUCUUUUUUUUAAUAUUAUUAUUAUAAUUAUUAAAAACCUAUUCUGUUGUCCAGUAUAUGUAAUAUUAUGUUAUACAUUUAUUAUUAUGAUUAUAGAUAAAUAGAAAAUUGACUUUAAUGUA